AUGACAGAAUUAGAUGAUGAUAUACCCGUGUUAUCAGCAGAAUCUCUAGCUGCAUUACAGGAAUUUAGAGAUGAGCAAAAGGAUAGGCUAGCAAAGUUUGCUGAGUUGUACGAGGGUGCUGAGAAUGAGUACUCUUCAAGGAAAGAAGAAGGUGAAAAAUCAAACACAGAUAAAAGUACGCAAAAGAAUACGGCGCUGACAAUAGACGAUUUUCAAGAGGACUGGCAACUAUCACAAUUUUGGUAUUCCGAUGAGACGGCGAAUAUUUUGGCAGAUGCUUUACUUGAAGGUGCCGACGAGAAUACAGUCAUAUGCAUAGUGAGUGCACCCUCAGUUUAUGCUAUGAUCAAGGCAAGGAAUCCAAGCACACUUCCGACCCAAAAAAUAUAUCUAUUUGAGUUUGAUAGGAGAUUUGCAUUGCUUUCGGGCAAGGAUCACUUUGGAUUUUAUGACUACAACCAACCAGAAGAAUUUAGGGAUGAUCUUAAAGGCAAAGUUGAUCGGCUUUUAAUAGAUCCUCCUUUUCUUGAGCCAGAAUGUCAGCAAAAAUCAUCAUUGACAGCCAAAGCGCUGCUAAGAGGUGACAAAAAGGCGGAGACCGAAUCAGGAGAUUUACAAUACAAGUUGAUCAGUUGUACCGGGGAGAGAAUGAAGGAUAACGUCAAAAGAAACUAUCCAGAUACCAGAAUAACAACAUUCUAUCCUGAACACAAGAAUGGCCUUAGUAAUGAGUUUAGGUGCUACGCAUCUUUUGAAUGUAGCAGGUGGAGGUUUUCAGAUGAGAACUAA